GCAUCAAUAGAGUAAGGAUCAAUUCACACGUACCACAACCACACCACAGCCACAACCACACCACAACGACGCCAUGUGGUCGGGCGUAUAUUUUGUAUUGAAAAUUAAUAUUACAAUUCACACGUACCACAUUUUGCCGUUGUUAUCGACCACCUGUGUAAUACGACCACAUCGCAACCACAUCGCGACGGCAACGCUACCACCGGCGGCGGCACCGCGGCCACAUCGCCACGACAUGACGUCAUCAACAGCGCGCGCCUAGCUGGCGCCUGCGCUCCCCCCUUUCAUUCUGCGUUGUACUGUGUUGCCGCGUGGUUGUGCGAAAAAUUAAAAUGUCCGACUCGGAGACUUUUGACACGGAUAUGUUUAUUGAGGAGAUUCGCAAUUUGCCAUGCAUUUGGGAUCAAAGGACAGAGGAGUAUUCCAAUCGCAUAUUAAAAAACAAAGCAUGGGAAACCCUUUGCAUGAAGUUUUAUGAAGAUUUUGAUAAUAAGGAAACAAAAGAAAAAAACCAGUGCGCUGCCAACUUACAAAGAAAAUGGAAAAGCUUAAGAGACUCUUUCAACAGAGACCUUAAAAAACAAAAUUCACAGAGAAGCGGUUCAGCAGGUAGUUCAAAGAGAUACUACUACUUUAGUCAAUUAUUAUUUUUAAAGCCAUUGUCUGAAAAUCGAAAUACAACAUCGUCUCUACCAGUACAAAACAAAGACGAUGACAUCGAACAAAUCGAUAAUGAAGACGAUAAUACUACUGAAACGAGUGACUCUGAAGUUUGGAAGAGACCAAAAAAUAUCCAAAGAAAAAAAGAUGAUGCAGAAUAUGGGUUAAUAAAAAAAAUAACAAGUCAUUUGAGCGAUCAAGUAACUGCACAUACAAGUAACUACACUACACAGGAACGUGACAAGUCCUGUGACAGUGAUAUGCAUUUUUUGCUAUCUUUAUACGAUAGAUUUAAGACCAUUCGUGAUGAUUGGAAACUGAAUGCUCAGAUAGAAAUAUUGAAUGUAAUUCAAAAAUAUCAUACACCUACAACUACACGUAAUGAUAAUUACAGUGAAUAUGGACAGGGGUAUACGACACAAGCGUACCAACCGUACGAACGACCAUCAACGUCUAGGUAUCGGCCGGAUAUGGAAACAGGCUCUCCACAGCUUCGCAAUUUGCGUACUGCAUCCACACCAAGAGAUAUUUCAGUACCAGAAUCUCCACUCAGCGUCUCUUCUCAGGCUUCAAACUAUAAUGAUCCGAUUAUAACGGAUAUUUUCGGAGAUUAACUGAUUAAUUACCUACUCUGUUGAUUUUUGAAUGACACAAUAAAUCAAAAUAUAUAAGUACGCUCUUUGUUUUCGCCUUCCUAUCCUCCCUACCACAGUUGCAAAGUAACUCAUUUGCAAAUUAACACAUCAAAUAAUAAAGGCCUGAGCAGACCGAAUGCGUGGCGUGUGCGUAACGUACAGUCAGCGCACAUCGACCUACGAAAAU